UUCCAUUCAUUUCUAACACAUGUACGUACGCAAUCCCCUACCAAAUGUCACUUCAAAUACAGGACAUCUCUAUCUUUAAAUAAAUUUGAGCUGUACUUAAGUGCGAAACUGUCCCUUGCUACCAUGAAACUUAUAUUUUGCUUUAAACAUGAACCAACAAUUCUUAAUUGUAAUUUCUUUUUAUCUUUAAAAAGGGUAUUGACAUCCCAAUAUUUAGUGGGACGUUCCCAGGUAUCGUCCGUUAGUGACAGUCUGCUGGCAAAUCCAGACAUGCGAUGGAAGGAUGCUGAUGUGAAGGACACAAAGACACCUGAUUCAAAAACUAUGGCAUUUCAUUCAGAGUGUCAACCUGACAUUCAGUUGAUAUGGAACCCGAUUAUUCAGAGAACUGCAGAUUUUUUGAAGCUGUUUUUGACAGAAGAUUUGGUUUUCUCCAUCUGUAUUGCCACCAACCAUUAUGCUGAGAUGGCCAUAUCUCGAGGGAAGAAUUGUCAUUAUGCUUCCCAAGGAAAUUCGCAUCCUCUCACUGUAGAGGAAUUGCACAGUGGAACAUAAUGGCAAAACGUCAUAUUAUUAAUAUGAGAAUUGGACAAGGAUUAACCCCUGGAUAUAUCAGAAGUUGGAGCAGAUGCCUAGGAGGAUUAAGCAUCCCUGUGGACUGGUCAAAACGCCAUGAGGCCUAUCUCUUGAUCAGGUAAACGGAGUUAUUCGUACUCCAUAUCAAUGUGUCAAGAACAGCCUAACAAUGGGUAUGAAACACGUCAGAGAGCAUUGGACUCAUUGCUAGGUUGUAUUGACAAACUAGAUCGUUAUUACCGCCAUCGAAUUUGCGAAAUGAUGACCUUAAACGAGGCUGUUGAAAUCCCUGCAGCAUCAACGUUUUAAAUCAAGAAAUAAAAAAGAACAAAAUAUAUUUUAUUUUUACUUCAAGUGAAUGCAAUUUCAAAGAUGUUUCAAAAGUA